GCCCGGAAGUGGAUAUUGCUGCUCGGCUGAGAGGACGAGGGGAGGGGGAAGUGCUUCCGGGGAAACGGGCCCCGGGUUGGUGUUUGUAAACUUGCCUCGGUCCCGGCAGGGCAGCGGCGGCCACGGGGUUGGCACGGUGUGCUGGGGUCUGGAGGAGGCGCCGCGCGGUGGGGGAGACAGCGGGAGGCCGCGCCUGGCAGGUUUCUGAAACAGAUCGUGAACUUCAACGAGCGGAUUGGGUUGGAAAACGAACACCAGCAGACUUUUUCUUCAGAUCAUAGGCAGGAGCCAGGCAGAGUCCAGGGAUUCUUGGAACAUCUAUCUUCCCUUUGGAGGACACUAAGAUCUAUUUGAAGACAAAGGCAGUUCAAUAUGGCAGCAGGACGGAAGGGACACAAAGGAGUUGUUACAGUCAUUUGGUGACAGUUCUUCAAACAACAGUGUCUUAGGAAAGGUGGAUCAAGAAACUCCUGAACUUUUGGGUUGCAUUAAGUGAGAAAUCAGCAUGGCUCAGGUAAAAAGCUAUAGAAUCCUCCUCCUUCAAGAUCACUGGGAAACGUGUUUGCAGUUUCACUCUUGAAUGCUGCCUUAGUCAACAUAUUGACCAACCCAGUGAGCCAAGCUCUGUAUUAAGCACCAGGGGGAGAUCUAGAGGAAGGAAAGGAGACAGGCCACAGCCCCUGCCUUCAGGGAGCUUCCAGUCAAAUGAAGGAGGCAAGUCUCCUGGCUUGUGAAGGCCUAGCAGGUGUGAGUUUGGUUCCCACUGCAGCCAGCAAGAAGAUGAUGCUGAGCCAGAUUGCCAGCAAGCAGGCCGAGAAUGGAGAGCGGGCAGGUAGCCCUGAUGUGCUGAGGUGCUCAAGUCAGGGCCACCGAAAAGACAGCGAUAAGUCCCGGAGUCGCAAAGAUGAUGACAGCUUGGCUGAGGGGUCUCAUUCAAAGAAGACUGUUAAAAAGGUGGUGGUGGUGGAACAAAAUGGUUCUUUUCAAGUAAAGAUUCCCAAAAAUUUUAUUUGUGAACACUGCUUUGGAGCCUUUAGGAGCAGUUACCACCUCAAGAGGCACAUCCUUAUUCAUACUGGUGAGAAGCCAUUUGAGUGUGAUAUAUGUGAUAUGCGCUUCAUCCAGAAGUACCACCUGGAGCGUCACAAGCGUGUGCACAGUGGCGAAAAGCCCUACCAGUGUGAACGGUGUCAUCAGGUAAGCUCACAUGUCACCCGUCUACCUCACACAACAAACUUUUCCUUCACCAAGAACCAGGGCCAGCCCCCAUCCCCUUCCCAACAAGGGGCCACAUCGAAUUCCUGGCCAUGGUAGAGUUAGUACCUCAGGGUGAGGUGUUUCUCUCUGGCCUUAUGCAGCUGUUUAUGGGAGGGGCCAUGAGAAUAAUUGUAAUAACAGUAGCAUUUCUUGUGUACUUAUUUUGUGCCAGGCACUGUGAGAGCAUAUUUAACAUAGAUUAUCUUUUUAAUUCUCAUGU